GGGUGCGCCGUGAUUUUGAUUUAAACUGCACUCAGCUCGUCUGUGGUGAUGUGUCUAUGAUUUUCGAAAUGGUUAUAAAUGCAAAUGGUUACUGUGCACCAGCAUCAUCAUCAAUGAAUUUCCGAGUCACGUUGGCUCGCUGUGUGCGACCUCCACGUAGCCUGCCAUGCUCAAUACCUACGGACGUCGAGCUGCGACCAAAGUAAGAGGAUUCGCUUCCUUUUUCCUUCGCAUACCGCCCGACCACGCAACCCAGCUGGACCUCGAACUGGAAUCAACUUGUUUUCCGCGACGACCUCCAACUCAGCCUGGCCGCCCUCGCCUUUGCCGUCUGUUUCGUCCUGUGCCGCUUUUUCUGGCAUCGCGGCAUCCGCUCGUCUCGCCCCGGAUUGAUGUCUGCAAAAUGUUGCGGUGGAGCCGUGAAGCCCGCGGGUGUUGAAGCUGAAAAACCGAAACUGAAAGCCGAGCCGAAGCGGAAGCAGAAAGCGAAGCCCGGCCGGGGUCGCAAGACCAAGGGCAAGUGUGGGAGCGGUGGGGACAAAGGCGUAGUGGUGGAUAUGGACACCACGGAAAAUCAUGAUUUCUCGAUUGCGCCGACCGGUUACGACGACGUCAAUGACGAAGCUGCUCUGGACCAGCCGCUCCUCCGCGAUGAAACUGAUGAUGACGAUAUCACAAGAAAAAAUGCCCCCACCCCGGACGUUGCAAAGUUUGUGAUGCAAAGUGUCCAAAUGAAGUCUUUUUGUCUUGCAUGAAUGGACUAUGAGUCUUUCUGACGCGGAAUCCGAAUCUAGGCAAGUAGGGCAUCUUUUACAUGACAGGCCCGGCUGCUGCUGGGCUCUUGCGCAACACAAAUUUUACCUGUUCCGCAUUGAAAAUUUGUGAUGCUCCUGAUAUAUGCGAGACGGGGAAUGUUUCUAUUGCAAAGGUUUCCAACUAUACAAACGCUGCGAAGCUCUGCUGGGGUCGGGGCAUUUUUCAUUGUAACAGACGAAGACUCCGGCUCCACCACCGGCUCGUCCGACGACCAGGUGCAACUGGACGUGGCCGCGUGCUCGGGCAGCUCCUGUCUGAACAACGAGGGCGAGGCAGUAUGCACUGCAAUAAAGAUGUCUGGAUCUGGGAAGUAAGUUGUGGCUGUGCUGCGAGAUUUUCGACGAUCGGAUUCGGAACUUUUCUGGAUGCACCUAAGCAUGACACCUUUAUGUAACGCUUGUUCCUCGUGCGUGGUGCGCAUUACAAUCUGCAUUUUCGCAUGACAGGGCACUAUACACAUAAUAUGACUCCCGCUUCUGCUGGUCGCACAAUACAGGUGUUUAAGCAUUGCAAGACAAGUAUUCCAAGUCGCACUUUUCUUUCAGACCGUGACAUACGAUUUUCUAAUCCAUACUCAGCUGGGCCGCACGAUGACUGGCCGGAAGUGAAAAAGCAAAACGUUUCCGCCCACAUCAUGUGCGGCCUGAAUUCCUCCCCACUGGAGGUCGAAUGCGACACUGAAUCUGCGGCGCCGUUCUCUGAUUGUGAUGAUUCAUCAUCAUCAAUGGCGGCGACCGAAUGCGAGCAGGAAGACUACGAGCAGGCAGUUUUGUGUGCCAGCGCGGUGGCCGAGGCAAAAGGUUUUUCCGACUACGCCCGCGUCUCGAAGCGUCUCUUGAAGUAAACGCGGCGAGGGCGGAGGAAAUUUUGUACGGAUUUUUACUCUUGCUUUGUCGUGAUUCUGAUCCAGCAGUUUUGAUGAUGAUGUCGCGCCUGAUGCAUGAAGUUCUUAUUUUUUCAUGAAACAAUGAGUGUCGUUUUAUCCUUUUCCCACGAUCACAAAUCGUGAAUUCGGUGCAAUCAUUUUCAUUUCAGGUGAAUGAGGCAUUGUUCUGCCUCUACGACAUGCAGCGCAUGGGAGCACCAGAGCUGGCUUCUGGUCCUUUCGGGGACCAGGGUUAUCAGGGUUUAGCCCAAUUUUCAUUUGUGCUACGGCGAUUUUAGGUAUACGAUGACGCGACAUUACGACCUUGCUCUACUGCGACACUUUAUUUGCAAAAAAAAAGGGCUGUUUCAAAUUUUGUUUUCGAUUUAUGUGUUUUUGCUUGCUUACAACUAUCACAUUUCAUGUUUUAUUUGUUUUGAAGAUCGUUGCUUUACUACACUAGCACUAGGCUUGUCAUAAAUUUAAACAUCUUGUUGCUCUUCUCCAGUAAAUGAACUUGCUUAUGAUCACGAGUGUAUUUCUUUCUGAACCAUGCUUAACCCCAUUUGUAUUUUGUUCUGCUCAUGAUCCCGAAUGAGCUUGUCUUGAUAAACAACGAUUUUUUCGUCACUACUCAACAUUGAUUCAAAUAUUCAACGACCCAGAGCAUUGAUGUUUUCUUGAAUAACUAAAGAAUAUUACGACAGCACUAUUUUACAAGGGACGUCUUUUCAACUUCACCAACAACUUUGGAAAACAAAGAUUAAAAAUAAUGUAAAGCACCGAAAUAAGACUCACUACUAUUCCGUCGACCCCAGCCAUUGAUAUGGAUAUUAU